AGGGUGAAAGACAACACUAAGACUUUUACGACCAAACUUUUCUUUUCUUUAAAAAAAUAGCCUUCUAAAAUAAAAUAUGUCUUCCAAUUAACUAAGUCAAUUUUGUCAAAUACCCAGAUUCGUUAUUGUAGUCAUUUUUAGGAAAUGUUCUCAUUUGGAUUAAGCUAUUCGGGUAAUGCAAAAAAUAUAUUCUUUAUUAUAUUUACAAAGAAAUAACACUGACGUGUUUCUUUUUGAAGGAUAUGGAGUAUAAAGUGUACUUAAAUGAAAAGGCACCUGUUCCCGCAGCUACAAAAAGGCGAUGGACACAGAAUAUAAUAGGAGCAAAAAAGAGAAGAUCAUACAAGACAUGGCUUAUUCCCGAUAUAGUUGAAGAAAACAUUUCCAAUGAUGACAGUGGUGACAAUAUCAGCAAAUCUGACAGGAACUGCCCUGAUGCUCAUGGAAACUUUUCUACUGAUGACGAGAAUGAGGUCGUCAGCGAUGCUGAUGGAAACUUUUCAGAUGCUGAUGAAGGCUUUUCUGCUGAUGACGAGGGUGAUGUUUUUAGCACAGCUGAUGAGAACUUUCCACAGACUCAUAUUGUCAGAAACCACAGUGCAGUUUGUGAGGGAAGCACAGAAGAAAGAGAGGAGUGUGCCAGUGAGGAAAAAAUAUAUCCAAAUGCCAAAAUCACUAAUGAAGAAUCUCUGCUGUGCAUACUUGCCUACAGCCUCAGGCAUACAACAUCCAAAGUGGCUUUGAGUGACUUGUUAGAUCUUAUCAAUCUCCACUGUCCUGAUUCAACCAAUGGUGUUCCAGAUAGCUUAUACAAGUUCAUGAAAUCCUUUCACUGUGACACUUUUGAAGUCCAGUAUAUUUGCCCAUCCUGCCAAUAUUUGUUUGGUAGUGAAAUCCCCACCCAUUGUGCUUCAUGCAAUGCGCAGUAUGUGCAGCAGUAUGUGUAG